AUGAUAGAGAGUGGUGACCAGAAAGAGCCUAUCAAUGGAUCGGCUAAAAGGGAGGGGGAUGACCAUCAGAUGGAAAGUAAAAAACUAAAGGAUGCCAAGCAAUGCUCCAAAUGUGAAGAAUGGAGAGACUGGAUGGUGAAAUAUUCUCCAAAUGUGGUUUUCAUGUUACAGCAGAUAGAAAAAGCAGGAGAUCAUAAAGUGCCAUUAGAUAUGAUCAACUGCGAAAUAUGCAAGGAUCCCAAAUAUGGAGGAUUUCAUCCGGAGCUGGGUAUACAGCUCUGUGCCAACUACAUCACAGAUAAAUGGGUGUUAAAUGAUACUUUAUCUCAUGAGCUGAUUCAUUGGUAUGACAAUGUCAGGUUUAAGGUGGAUUGGCUGAAUUUAAGGCACCACGCUUGCUCCGAGAUCCGAGCCGCCUCACUCAGUGGUGAAUGUGCCAUAAUGACGGAGUUCUGGAAGCAUUCUGGAUUUAUGAGAGUUGCCAAAGGGCAUCAGAGAUGUGUCAAAAGGAAGGCCAUUUUAAGUGUUAUGGGUCAUCCAGCAUGUAAAAGCAAAGAGCAGGCAGAACAGGUGGUAGAUGAGGUGUUCAGAUCAUGUUUCAAUGACACGAGACCGUACGAAAGCAUAUAUCGUUAA